AUGGCGCCCAAGCAAGCUACAUUGGGGAAGUUCUUUGGCAAGCCCAAUGGCUCCAAGCCCGCGCCUACCCAGCAGUCGAAGUUGUCGUUCGGUACCAAGUCGGCCAAGAAGACGAAAGACGAGUCGGAGGCUGCCACAAGCGAACCAAGCCCCUCGGCAAAGAAGGUGAAGAAGGAGGUCGAGGCGAAAGAGAACAAGACACCUUCGAAAGACACCAAGAAGCGAUCGCGGCCUAGUCAUUCACCGAGCGACAAGAAGAAGGAAUCAUCGACCAAAGUCAAAGUCGAGGAGCCUGAGGAGGAUCUUGAAGAGGAGGUGCCCGUAACUAAGCGACAGAGGAGAAACCGCACACGAAUCGAAGAUGACGAAGAUGACGAAGAUGACGACGAGGUCAUGGCCGAUGCCGAGCCAGUAAAGCCGAAGAAGAAAGGUGCCGCUACUGUCAAAGAAUCCAUCAAGAAGCCUUCUGCUGUAACUUCUGCCUCCGAGAAGCAGGCGGCGUCGAAGGUUAAAGAGGAGGACGACGAGGUUGAAGAAGCCACGGCCUCUGAUUCAGCAUCAGAGACCGAGAAUGAAGAGGACGAAGAGGAGGAGAAGCCUGAGGUCGCUGCAAAAGCUCGGGAGAAGCUCCAGACGAAGCUCAAGGCCAAGAAUAAGGAUCCUUAUCCUGACUGGAAAGCUGGAAGUCCCGUCCCUUACGCGGCGCUCUGCACAACCUUCUCUCUGAUCGAACUCACUACCAAGCGACUCAUAAUCACCGAGCAUUGUUCUCUGUUCCUCCAGCAAGUACUUCGACUGACUCCCGAUGACUUCCUCCCGACUGUCCUCUUGAUGGUCAACAAACUUGCGCCAGAUUAUGCCGGUAUUGAGCUUGGUAUCGGCGAAUCUCUGAUCAUGAAGGCCAUAGGGGAAACUACUGGACGUAGUCUGCAAGUCAUCAAGGCUGAUCAAAAGGAAAUUGGUGACCUGGGGCUUGUUGCUGUCAAGAGUCGAUCGACUCAACCUACCAUGUUCAAGCCUAAGCCUCUGACCAUCAGGAGUGUUCACAAAGGUCUGAUGGACGUCGCCACCGUAACUGGUGGUGGAGGUGCACAGGGCAGGAAGGUCGAUCUCAUCAAGAAACUACUGUCGGCUGCUGAUGCACACUCGAGCGGCAAGAUUGACAUCAACAAGGACAAGGGCGGCCCGAGCGAGGCCAAGUAUAUUGUUCGCUUCCUCGAAGGCAAGCUUCGACUUGGUUUGGCGGAAAGGACAGUGCUUGUUUCAAUAGGACAGGCUGUUGCAUGCCACGAAGCAUCCCAGAAAGGGAAGAUUCCGAGCACUACGCAGAUGGAAGAGGCAGAGGCUUUGCUGAAAACGGUCUACAGUGAGCUACCAAGCUGGGAUGUCAUCAUUCCUGCCAUGGUAAGGAACGGCAUAAUGAACCUGAGAGAUUCUUGCAAGCUUCGGCCAGGAGUCCCUCUCAAGCCUAUGCUUGCGAAGCCAACCAAGGCGAUUACUGAGGUUCUAGACCGAUUCGAGAACCAGACCUUUACUUGCGAGUACAAGUAUGACGGAGAGCGAGCACAGAUACACUAUGUUGCGAAGGACCGCUCCGAAGACUUGAUCGAAGCACUGCCUAGUGCGACGAAGGAGGCCGCAAAGGGUGUAGCGUCCAUUUUCUCUAGAAAUUCGGAAGAUUUGUCUAAGAAGUAUCCCGAUAUUCUUGGGAAGCUUCACACCUGGGUGAAGGAGGGUACGAAGAGCUUCGUGUUGGACUGCGAGACCGUGGCUUGGGAUGUGACUGAGAAGAAGGUCUUGCCCUUCCAACAGUUGAUGACAAGAAAGAAGAAGGACGUCAAGGUCGAGGACGUGAAAGUCAAGGUUUGCGUCUUUGCUUUCGAUCUGCUCUUCCUGAAUGGCGAGGCUCUUGUCGAGAAAUCGCUGCGGGAGCGGCGGGAGCUCAUGCAUGGGGCUUUCAACCCCGUCGAGGGAGAGUUUGCCUAUGCAACACACAUGAACGGUCAAGAGCUUGAGGAGAUACAAAUUUUCCUCGACGAAAGUGUCAAGGCCUCCUGCGAAGGUUUGAUGGUGAAGAUGUUGGACGGGUCCGAGAGCGGGUACGAACCCAGCAAACGGAGUCGCAACUGGCUCAAGAUCAAGAAAGAUUACCUCUCUAGUGUAGGAGACUCUCUCGAUCUGGUCGUGUUGGGUGCCUACCAUGGCAAAGGCAAGCGUACGUCAGUAUACGGAGCUUUCCUUCUCGCUUGCUACAACCUCGGCACCGAGACAUAUGAAACUGUCUGCAACAUCGGUACGGGGUUCUCAGAGCAAGUUCUGGAAGAGCUGCACAAACAGCUCUCGGAGAUCACGAUAGAUCGACCGAAGCCAUUCUACUCACACUCCUCUGGCGGCCAGCACCAGCCCGAUGUCUGGUUCGAGCCGCAGUACGUUUGGGAGGUGAAGACGGCAGACUUGACGCUCAGUCCGCGGUAUAAAGCCGGAAUGAAGGAGAAGGUCGACCCGGCGGGUGAGAAGGGCAUCAGUUUGCGGUUCCCCCGCUUCAUCAAGAUCAGAGAUGACAAGAAGCCGGACGAGGCGACAAGCAGUCGUCAGGUUGCCGAGAUGUACCGGAAGCAGGAGAGCGUCACGAAGAGUAAGGGGCCGUCGGUGGAUGACGACUUUGACGCGCGCCGUAGGCCGCACACCAGAAGAACACGCCGCGACCGCGAGCGCGAUCCCUUCUUCGCGGACCUCUUCGCGCUCCCCGGCUUCAAAGACUGCUUCGCCGAAGUCGAGCGCGCGCGCCAACAAUCCCUGCGCGACGACCCGCCCACCUACCGCAGACGCGUCGACGUCGACCCGUACCACCAGUACCCGCCGCGUCCGGACUACGCCGCGCAGGCCGACGCCUACGAGGCGGCCGAGCCGGACGCGGCGCUGGUCGAGGUCCGCGCCGCGCUGCGCGCACACCUGGGCCUGUCGGACCUGGCGCGCCUGGUGCUGCUGCUGACGACGCAGGUGCCGGCGGGGCGGUUCACGACGUACCGCGCGAUGCAGGAGCAUGUUUCUGAGGUGCGGUUUGGUUUGUGCGCCGUGCGCCAGAUCGGCCAUUGUCUGCGCAAGAAUCCCCUCGGGGACCGCGUGCCGGGCCAUCGCGUCGUCGGCCAGUACGGCAUGUUUUCGCGGCCGCUGGAGUGGGGGAUGCAUUGUCGCGACGUGGAGGAGACGGUGCGCAGACUGGGCGAGGAGGGCGUCAGGUUCAAGGCCGAUGGGAAUCCGAAGGGGAGUGCGUUUCGGGAGUUUGUGGGCUGUCCGCGGGUUUGA